UGUCUUGCGCCUGGGCUCCAGGUCUUUCCGGCGAAGGGUUGGUUCUCUGGGCGCGCGGACAGAGAUGGCGGCGGCGGCGGCGGCGGCGGCGGCGAAGGAGGUGGUGGAGAAGAAGGUGGAGCUCAUGAAGGAGGUACGGGCGCACGAGGUGGCCAUCGCGGAGCUCCAGAACCUGCAUCCCUCCCGGGCGGUGUACCAGAAGGCCGGCAACAUCUUCUUCCGCAAGAGCGUCAAAUCAGUGGUUACAACGGAGCAGAAGCAACUUGACCUGGCGAAGGCUGGGUUGAGCAAGCUGAACCAGGCCUGAGGACGGCGCCAACUGCUGCAAAUGUUGGCUCUUGCAACACAAUCAAGCAUGCAGAUUCAAGGACACUUCGCCAUCACCUCGUUGCUCAUGUUGUGCCUUGUGGACCUAAUCCAUGUGUAAUGCUACUCGUUUUUGCUUGAGAAUGUGAGAUACAAAUAUGCAGUUGCGGUGUGCUCUUGAAACUAUUUAGUGUUAGUGUAAUGCCAAAUUGCCAAUACAAGUUUGCUGGUUGCUGAAAACAGGGACAGGAAACAAAUUAUGUGAGACUGACAAUACAGAGGUUGUGUUGGAAAAGGUUGUUUACUGCCUA